GUGUGUGUGUGUGUGUGUGUGUGUGCGCGCGCUGAUAUAACGGAGAGAAAGGGGAAAUGAGUGUUUCCGUCUCUCUGCUUCACUCACAGCAGCUCUCAGAGGUGCUGCAGGAGCGAUGAGGGACCGCCUGACUGAUCUGCAGACCUUCAAACCUGCAGAUGAAGAAGAGGCCCGACUGCAUGGAGGCGAGGAAGACGAGGAUGAAGACCUGGCCGUGGUUUUCCAGGGCGAGGACGUGAUGGUCGGCAUCUACAAAGAGGCGCAGGUGCUGAGGAAAGAGAUGCAUCUUCUGAAACUGGACGUGAAGCGACUUGGGAAGCAGAACAGCCGCUUCCUCACCUCCGUGCGGCGCAUCAGCAGCAUCAAACGGGACUCUAACGCCCUGGGGAGGGACAUCAAGAACCGAGGAGAGGCGAUUUACACUCGUCUGCAGAAACUAGGGAAGCUGAGCAAAGAUCUGGAAGAAGAACACGGUCCAACGUCCGCUGUUUCUCGAAUGGCGCGAUCGCAGUGCGUCUCGUUGAACUCCGCCUUCCACAACGCCAUCUCCGAGUACAACGAUGCGGAGAUGAUCCAGCGGGAGAACUGCAAGACGCGUAUCCAACGCCAGGCGGAGAUCAUGGGGAAGCAGGUGAGCCGCGAGCAGAUCGACGACAUGAUUGAGACGGGGAAGUGGAACGUGUUCUCCGAUAACUUGCUUCUGGAGGGUCGAUCUGCGAGGACGGCGCUCAGCGAGAUGGAGAACCGUCAGCGGGAGCUUCUGGAGCUGGAGCAGAGGAUUCGAGAGAUCCACGAUCUGUUCGCCCAGAUGGCCUCGCUGGUGGAGGAGCAGGGCGUCAUGCUGGACAACAUCCAGGCCAACGUGGGCGCCACGCAGGACUACGUGGCCAAGGCCAACGUGCAGAUCAAGAAGGCCGUGAAGUACCAGAGGAACCAUCCCUGCAGGAGACUCUUCUGCUGCUGCUGCCCCUGCUGCAACUGACACGCAUUCCCGCUAUUUAUUGGAAGUAUUCACGACAUAUGUUCUUCAUCUGAAAAUAUCUUGCCUUCUUCUCCCACAUUUUACAUCGUGGAAUCUCCGUUUCCACAUCCAAACGUGCAGCUCAAUUAGGACAUGCUCGUCAUUACUCGGGACGUUCAUAACUGUCUUAAUUCUAGAAAUAUUAUGACUAUGUACCAAGGCCAACGUUCAGAUCAAGAAGGCCGUGAAGUACCAGAGGAACCAUCCCUGCAGGACACUCUUCUGGUGCCCCUGCUGCAACUAACAAUAAUAAUAAUAAUAACUUAAAUGUAUAUAGCGCCUUUCAGGGGACGAGUAAAACAAAACAACAAAUACUGACCCCAGGGUUAUUGAGUUAUUUAUUGGAAGUAUUCACGACAUAUGUUCUUCAUCUGAAAACAUUCUGACUGUUGAUUGCCUUCUUCUCCACAUUUUACAUCGUAGAAUCUCCGUUUCCACAUCCAAACGUGCAGCUCAAUUAGGACAUGCUCGUCAUUACUCGGGACGUUCAUACCGGUCAUAAUUCCAGAAAUAAACAAACAUUAUUCAUCAACAUGUUGUAGCCGUGGGAGUGAAUCAGUGCUCCCAUGAUCACCCACUGAGCCACAAAACAGUGAAGACUUCGAUACGAACUUUUGAAUAUACACGUAGAGUUAUGGACUUAGUCGUUUUGUACAUGUAGAUUUAGGACAUGCAUGCUAUUACUCUGGACAUUCACAACUUUCAUAAUUCUAGAAAUACUAACUCAUAAUUCAUCAACAUUUUGUAGCCCACUGAGCCACAGUCGCCACAAAGCGGUGAAGACUUCGAUACUAACUUUUGAAUUAUACACGUAGAUUUAUGGAAUUAGUAGAUUUGUACUCGUAGAUUCAGGACAUGCACGCUAUUACUUGGGACAUUCAUAUCUUUCAUAAUUCUAGAAAUAUUAAACAUUAUUCAUUAACAUGUUGUAGCCCACCACAAAACAGUGAAGACUUCGAUACUAAAGGGUGGAAUUAUGGUGAAUAUUUCUAGAUUUAUGACAGUUAUGAACGUCCAGAGGAAUAGCGAUCAUGUCCUGAUCGAGCUGCACGUUUUGAUGUUGGAAUAGAGAUUCUGCGAUGUAAAAUGUGGAAGGAGAAGGGAAUCAACAAAGAGAAAUGUCCAGAUGAAGAACAUAUGGUGUGAAUGCUGACAUUCAGCAAGCAGCAUUCACACCGCAAUUUCUUCAUGAAACGUUAUUUUAUUAUGUUCAUCUGCUUCUCCUGCAGAGACGCCUGUGAUAUGUGUAUUUAUUGAAGCAUCUUAAAACAGAAGUGAGGUGUCAGUGUUGUUUCCUGAUUGUUACUGAGAACACGGUUCCUGUAAAAGAUGACACAAUAUAUUUCCUCUUUCACGCCAUCUUAUCUGAACACAGCCUUAAAAAUAUAUUCCUUUUUAAAAAACACAAACAUUUUAAAUUAAAAGAAUGUGCAUUUACAGAUGUUUAAAUGAAAUGAGCCCUUAACAAACACAAACAAAAACAACAACAUGUCUUUAAAGAGGCCCUAUUCCUCUCCUGUGGUGUUCCCUCUCCCUAUAGUGCAUGUCAAUGGUCUGCAGAUGCUAAAAUCCCUGAGUUCUGUAACAAAAUGACAUCACUAUGGAACGAUCGUGCCUCCAACACAUUUUACGUGAUAGGCUAAAGGGGGCGGGACAUCUCUAAGCUGGUUGACCAAUCAGAGCAGCUCUGGUUUCAGACAGAGGGUGAAAAGAAGUAUAGGCAGUAUGAGAAUGUGUUUAUGUUAUCAAAAGUAAUCUGAUUAUAGUUCACCCAUCACUGCCCUCUUCCUCUUUCAGCUUUGUGAUGUAAUGAUAUUUAUGAGUGUAAAUAAUAAUAAUAAUAAAUGUGAUAUGAUGUUUGUA